CAGUUAAUAAACAGUAUUUGCUUAACCAACGAGAAGUUAAAAAUAAUUUUCAAUUAUAAUAAUGGAUUUGGGACAAAAACUUUUCGCUCUAUUUUUUGUAAAUAUUCUUUUCAAUCUCACAUCUUGUGCUGCAGAUACUAAAGGAAGCAUUGCGAAAGCGUCUCUUUUCACUCAAGUUAUCAGCAAAUAUUAUUAUGUUUCUGCUAUCGCUAAAAUGAAUUGGUUUCAGGCUGUCCAUUUUUGCCGCAAACUGGACAGUAAUUUGAUAAACAUAGCAUCGAAGGCCGAAAUGGAUGCUAUAACCAAUUUCUUAAUCGCAAAUGGUUUCGUGAAUAAACGUUUUUGGACAAGUGCUAAUGAUUUAGAGGAAGAGGGUGUUUACAAGUCCAUCAGUAACGGCCAACCAAUAGCUUACACCAAAUGGGGCGAUAAUGAACCAAACAAUGUAAAUAACGAGGAUUGUAUCGAAAUCACUGCAAAAAACAAUAUAUUCUAUAUGAACGAUAAUGAUUGUAAGCCACUGCUUGCAAAUAUGCCUUAUACGAUUUGUGAACGGGAAAACCCAGAAGAUUUUAUUCCUAUAAAGGCAGAGGCGCGCGAAGUUGUACCGCCAAAUUGUUCUGUGAAAAAACUAUUGGAAUUGUGUCAAUCAAUGGGAAAUAUUAUGAAUUGCAGAGAUUAAAGGGUAUGGGUAGAAUAUUUUCUAAUUCUUUUCAAUUUCAUAAUUAAAGAUUUUGUAUAAAUGAAUAUAUGUGAAUUUUUUAACGCUUCAUUAAUGUAAUAUAAUGUAAAAGUAAUAAAUAAAAAGAAACAAGAAAGAA